AUGAGUUUGAUGGCGUUUAUCAAGUUUGGUUACGCCUUAGUGGUGGUGUCGUUGCUGCUUAUGAUAUGGGCUUCAUUAUCCAGAGCUUUAGAGCUUCACGUGGACAGCGGUCGUCCACCAUGCCUGUUCCAAGCGCUCUGCACAUGUUCAAAGCCUGCCGGAGACCUGGGCAUAGUUACCUGCAGCUAUGUGCCAAUUCUACGAGUCCCUGCGACCAUCAACAGCUCGAAAGUCUUUAUGCUGCAACUGACAGGAAACAAAAUCAGAGAUCUAGAACCACAGUUUUUCCAAGCCACAGGCUUGUACAGGCUCGCAAUCAACGAGAACCCGCUUGAGAGCAUCCACGAAGAGGCGUUCUAUGGACUCGACAACACGCUUUGGGAGUUAGAACUUAGACGAGACAAAUUGACGGCCGUACCAAGCAGGUCUCUCAGAUACUUACAGAAGCUCAGACUAUUGGAUUUGACAGGUAAUGAAAUAACAGACAUAUCGGGUGACAACUGGCGUGGUCUAGAACACACGCUACAGACGUUGAUAUUAAGUGAGAACUCGAUUGCUAACCUACCUCUCGAUGCAUUCUCGAGUCUGCCAAUGUUGGAGACUCUCGACUUACAAGGAAACCACCUGUCUGUGAUCGAUAAUGGAGUGUUCCGAGAUGGGAUGAUGAGACUAAACAGACUUUUACUCGGAGACAACCAACUGGCUUAUAUACCUUACGAUGAGAUAUCACCACUUCGACAGCUAAGGUUCUUGGAUCUGUCCAACAACCUGAUCAAGCAAGUUCCACCAGCGCAUGAAUUGAACGGCAUCAGAUUAUCACUGGAUUCUUUAAAGUUAGACAACAACCUUAUCAGAGAUUUGUUACCUGGAUCCUUCAAGUACUUUAACAUACUGAAUUCUACUUCAUUGGAUGGGAAUCCUAUCUUCACGAUUAGAGAAGAUGCGUUUAGAAAUGCCAAAAUAAAGACUCUGUCACUUCGUGACUGUGAGCUAAUAGAUGUAUCACCAGCGUCUUUUGCCGGAUUGGAGAAUAGUUUACAGAGCUUGGAUCUGUCGGAGAACAAUCUGACUAUGGUUUCAAAGUUUAUGCUUAAUAAAUUAGAUUCGCUGAGGUUUUUAAAUCUCAAAGAGAAUAAAGUCGAUGUAAACGUAUUAACAUCAAGCUCCCCAUCUGAGUAUGCGAUGGCAUCAAUUAGUACGUUCCAAUACAAAUUGUUUUACUUGGAUAUCAGUGGAGCCAGUUCUAUUGAAGCCAAUUUGCAAGACUUUAGAAGAAUGAGAUCUCUUCGAUUUCUAUCAGUUAGCAAACUUCUACGUCAAACGAUUCGUAACGAGGAUUUUCUGGAAUUUGGAAUGGAAUUGGAAGACCUGAAGAUAUUUGGCAGUACAGUCACCAGAAUCGAAUCCAGCGCAUUCCAACACGUCAGGAGUAUAAAAACGCUUGAUUUGUCAGAAAAUAAUAUUGAGUUUAUUGAUCCGUUUGCUUUUGCUGAGCUACACAGUCUAACAACUUUGAAAAUAGCCAACGGCCUUGCAGAUACCGUAAAGAUUCUUCCGUUUGAACCAUUGAAGGCCUUAAUAGAAGUUCAAUAUUUAGAUUUUAGUAACAACAAGCUGAAGAAUGUUCCAGAUACAUCGUUCCACUUUCUGUAUAGACUAAAAAGAUUGAAUUUACAAGAUAAUUAUAUUGACCACUUUUCUAAAGGGACUUUACAGGUUGAAAAUCAUGACCAACUGGAAAGCAUUUGCUUGUCAUUAAACCAGUUAACACAAAUAGUACAACACACGUUCGUUAACUUAAAGGAACUGCAAGAAGUUCUUAUAGAAGACAAUCUCAUUGAAAUUAUACAUAGAAGGGCUUUUGCUAGUCUGGAUAAUCUGAAGGUCAUCAAGUUAAAAGGCAACAGGAUUAGAGAAAUUAGUGAAGAAGCAUUUCAGAAUAUUCCAGCACUUACUGAGUUGGAUAUAUCCUUUAACGCACUGGAGACCUUCAAGUUCUCAAUAUUUGAUCAAGUCGGAUCAGCAACCGCUUUAAAGGUCAAUGCUUCGUACAACGGGAUCAUUACAUUGACUGACUCGAACGCUCCAAGUUUCUUCACAUCAAAUUUCUACCCACCACCGAAAGCUCAGAGUCUAGGGACAGUAUCUGUAAAUAUAAGAGUGUUGGACUUCUCUCACAAUAAUCUUACAUACAUUGCACCAUAUUACUUCAGACACUCGGAUCUGACUCUCACAGAGCUACAUCUCUCUCAUAACUAUCUGAGGAAUAUAACUCGGGAAGUUUUUGGCAAUAUGCAUAUGCUGCAAUAUUUGGAUCUAUCUCACAAUAAGAUACUCCACAUGGAAUACGACUGCUUCAAUAGAGUCAAGAAUUUGCAGAUAAUAAAUCUUUCAAACAAUCAUUUAACCGACUUACCAGUGGGAAUAUUCCGCGAUAUGGCAUCACUUACUUCAGUUGAUUUAUCGAAUAACAGGAUCAAGAAUUUAGUGGAUAAUCUAAUCCCCUCACCGGCUUUAGAAAGAUUAGAUCUAUCUGACAAUGGUUUAUCGAGAAUACCAACCAACUGCCUGUCGACUGCAGCUUCAGCCAACCUCGUUGAACUUGAUUUGAGUGGAAACACGAUUCCAGCAGUGGCUUUGGGUGACCUGGUUCAAAGAUACAGGAACCCCGAUCAGUUGGGCGAGUAUUGGCCCGAGGAACCUGACUACAGUGACGAGUAUAUGUACCACACGGCUAGGCGAGACCACACCAGAGUGUACCACCAAAAAAAACAGUACCCGCAGAAUAUUUUGUACAAGUCUUUAGCGUGGUUGGAUUUAUCAAACAACCAUCUGGUACGUAUAGAGGGUGGAUCUUUUGCUGCUUUACCGAAACUUCGCUGGUUGGAUCUCAGUAACAACUCACCUUUUAACACUGGUGAAAGAGGGACGACAAUAUUCAAAGGACUAGAGAGAAGGUUGUCGCAUUUAGGACUGAAAAAUGUCAGCCUGGUUUCUGUGCCUUCAAUGAGUUUAUUAAAACUAAAGAGUCUUGAUUUGUCUUACAACAAUCUACCAUCAGUGCCUCCUGAGACGACAGCGAAUCUGACACGGCUAAGACAUUUGGAUCUUUCAUAUAAUGAUCUUACUCUUGUACCUGUGGCAACCCAUUCCUUGAGCGAACUCAGAUGGUUGUCGUUAUCCGGCAAUCCUAUUACCGCUUUAAUGAAUACAAGUUUGUAUGGAGUAUCACCUCGUCUUGAAUACCUCGAUAUAACCCGACUGAGACUCAGAGCUCUUGAGCACGGAGUUAUUAGCAAGAUGUAUGGCUUGAGAACACUUAAAAUCACAGCUUACACGAACGUUAGAGAUUUCAACGUACCCAAGCUCCUAACAUACAAUGCUGGCCUGGAGAAUUUGCUUAUUGACAUCGAGGAGUUUAUGAACGAAUUUGGAAGGGAAAUGUAUGGGGUGAUGCCGAGCAAGCUAAAUAAUAUCACGAUAACUGGACGACCUUUGAAAUAUCUUUCACAAUACUUGUUGAGUGGUGUACAAUCAAAGGUGUGUCGCCUAACUGUAUUUAAUACAAGCAUCGAUGAAUUGGCGCCAGAAGUAUUUUACAAAGCGGGACGCGUCAAAAACCUAACGUUAGACCUGCGACACAAUUACCUCAUGAGUGUGCCCAACCCAUCUCAAAGAGCCUGGCCAGGUGUUCCUAACACAGUAUUUUUACAGGAUAUACUAGUUGCAGGCAAUCCAUUGGGUUGUGAUUGUGGAAUUGGAUGGAUAAAAGCAUGGGACCGCAAGAGAAGACAGUAUUUAUGUGAUGGUCCUUCCAACUGUUUAGCGACCCGUGAUGACGUCAGGUUCGCUACGUGUCCAACGUACUACAACAGAACUUUUGUUGAUGUACUUUUAAAAGAUCUUGAUUGCGAAUGGAACAAAGGAUUUCUUGGAUCUGCGAAUUUCUAUAUAGUCUUAGGAAUGUCAAUGUUAACAUGUCUAUAUAUAUGA